UUUUCAAGAGAUGAGUGAAAUCUCAAUCCCAACCUCUGUUGUCUUCAGUCAGGAAGAAAUAGAGCAACAGAACGAUGCUGAAGAGAUGAAAGAUGAUGAGCUUGCUCUCAGUGACGCGCCUCAGGAAUCUGAGAUUAAGUUCAAUAUUAAAACUCUCCGAUCAAGCUCACGUACUAGGUAAUGUCUUGCUUUAGAUCGUUUAGGAAUAGAAGAACUGCCCAGUUUGGAGGAAAUGACACUUCACAGAAUUCUAUUAAAACUCAGGACCUUCUGAAAGCAAUGGAUGAGGAAUCCAAAGUGAGCCAUAAGCUCAAGGAUUCUCAGGAGGAAGAUAAAGAAGUCAUCCCAAACCUUCAUUACAACGCAGAGAAAGCAGGCAUGGCUUCCAUUGAUAAGGAGACUAUCCAAAAGAAGAUCAUUGAGGCUUCCAAAGGCUCGUCUUAUUAUAAGAAAAAGCAAGAGAGGACUGAGAAAGCGAAGGCUAAGGCUAAGGAAUGGAUGAAGGAAAUUAGGAAAUUGAAGAGCAACCGGAGUUAUUGGUCAAAAGUUACUAAACAACUUAAUAAUAAAGCUAGUGAUAUGAGGAGUAAGAGAGAUUUAUCGAGGACGUGGAUACAUGUUGAUAUGGAUAUGUUCUAUGCUGCUGUAGCUAUUCAUGAUAAUCCGUCUCUUAAGGACAUUCCUAUUGCUGUUGGAGGUAUGCAGAUGAUAUCGACUGCUAACUAUGUUGCUAGGAAAUACGGUGUUAGAUCUGCCAUGCCGGGAUUUAUCGGAAAGAAGCUUUGUCCAGAAUUAAAGUUUGUUGAUCACCAACAUGAACGCUAUAAGGAGAUCUCUGAAAUUUUUAGAAAAGUACUCUCUCAAUAUGACCCAAAUUACGAAAGUAUGGGUCUAGAUGAGUGUAAUCUUGAUGUGACCGAUUAUCUCAUCAAGAAUGGUAUCAAUGACGAUCAGGGCAGAGAAAAGCUAGCCCAAGAGAUCAGAGACAACGUUAAUAAAGCGACUGAACUUACAUGUAGUGCAGGUGUUGGGGCCAAUAAGAUGCUUGCAAAGAUAUGCUCAGACAUGAACAAACCAAAUGGUCAUUAUAUCCUACCACAUGACCCUCAGAAAAUCGAAGAGUUAAUGGCUAAUAUUGAGAUCAGGAAGAUCCCAGGUAUCGGACCUGUCUCUCAGACCGAACUUAAUGAACUCGGUAUUGAGAAAGGCAAAGAUUUCCUUGAUAAAGCUCCAGAGCUUUACUGUAUCUUUGAGGAAAAAACUGUGUACAGGUAUAUGAGAGAUGCAUUAGGGAUUUCUAGAAAUGUUCACGAAGAUGUUGAUCCUAAUUACCACCAGAAAAGUAUAUCAAUCAGUAGGACUUUCCGAACAAUAAAGGAAAAAGCCCAGUUUAUUAAAUGGAUUGAUACUGUAGCUGGCAUUCUUCACCAGAAUAUUAAGGAGAAGGAGCUCAUGGGAAGGACCAUUACGCUUGAGGUUAAGGAUCAGCAUUAUAACUUAAAGUCUAAGGGAAGAACUCUUAGAGGGAGUAUAGAUAAGAAGGAAGACAUUAUUAAAGAAGCUUGUGAGCUCCUCAAUGAGAUUUGGCCUUGUGAGCCAGCCAGAUUGAUAGGCAUUUCGUUGUCAAACCUCAUCAAGAAAAGUGAAUAUACUCCAGAUAAAUCAAUCGGUAAAUAUUUCUCAAAACCCAAAAACACUCAGGAAUACCAUGAUGAGAUGAACAGGAGGUUCUUGAUGAAAACUUCAUCGUUUGAUGCGUCCAAACCCAAAACAAGAGUUCCAAAAGAAAAAACCAACUCUUCAAAAACAGCCAGAAAACCUGUCAAGAAGAUUAAUUCGAUUAUGAAUUAUAAGGCUACUAAAUCAGAAAAUAAAGAUUCUGGGCGUAAAGAUCCUCCCUUAGUGCCUCAAAUAAUUAGUCAUAUCCAAGAAGAUCAUGACUCAAAAUCUGAAAAGAAGUCUGACAAGGCAAAGCCCAAGGCUUCAAUGAAGAAGAGAAGAGGAAGGCCUAAGAAGUCAGAAAGUAAAGAGACCAAGAAGGGCAAUAACAAGUCUAUCUUAUCUUUCUUUACUAAGAAAUAG